GAAGAACAGUCAGCCAGCUGUUGGGUUUGUCCAAAACAAACAUGCACAGUUCUCCGUCACCUGAGUGUUAAAACAGAGGUAAAAUCUAAUCAUAAACAUUAUUAUCAUCGUCAAGAGUCCCGCUUCUUGUUUUUCGGGAAAAAUGUUAAAUACGGAAACAAAUUUCUCGCUAUUUCUUGCUGGCAUCCAGAGGUAGUAAGAAAAAUAACUUGCAUUCAUUUGCGUCCAAUGCUAUCGGUAUUUUUAGCGCAACCGAACCGACAAUAAAUGAACAGAAAACGAGCUUUGAUCGCGAACACUUUCUGUUUAUCGAAGAAACGCAGAUGUGGAGGACCAGACAAGGGAGAGAGUCACGAUGGAGCGGCUGAAAUCAGAUCAAGCUUGCAGUACCUCAUGACACUGUUUUCACGCAAACUCUUCAACGACACGCUUCCUCCUGUGGUCUUCAAACAUCAACUCUACAGUUUACACAAUGACAAAACCUUAGUGGAUAAGUUGCUGAAUGAAUUUAGGGAAAGCGGUGAGCUGUUGAUGUUCCAGCUUGGAUUUGACUCUGAGACCUUUGGUUUGGUGUUCACUGAAGACUACAGAGCCAAAGUCCUGCAAGGAGCGGCAGGCAGAGACACCCUUGCAGCAGUGGAGAAAUUUCUUGAUAAACUAAUUCCCACCUGCUCAGAUCUAAGCUUUAACAAAGACAAAAUGCUAAAGGAGUUUCUCUUCACAGACUCUGAGAUAACGCAGUUGGUCAAAUCUGGUGUACUCACUGUAAGGGAUGCAGGUAGCUGGUGGCUUUCGAUCCCAAACUCUGGCAAAUUCAUCAAGAAUUUCAUUAAAGGACGCAAAGCUGUUCUUGGCAUGGUAAAGAAAUCCAAGUACAGUGAAAUCCUGAAGGAUGAAUUAGAGGGCCGCCGCACACCUUCCCAGGUUAAAUUCCAGAUGAAGUAUCACAUUCAUGAUAUCAUUGGUGCAGAGUUAGUAGAAUGCAUACAAACAACUUCAGGGACGUUAUUACGAUACGUGGAUGGAAAUAUAUAUCACCCAAACCCUCACUUGUCUUAAAUUGUACAGAACUGAAUAAACUGUAUAUUUACAUUUA